GCUGAUCCGCGUCUUGCGGUGGCGCACUCUAGUCGUCUAGGAGUACUGAUAUCUCUGCGUCUUGCUUCUCGGCGCUCUAGCCCACGAGAGGUACUCGCUGGCCCGCGCCUAGCGGUCGAGCGCUCUAGCCCGCGGGCGGCAUAGCCCCUCUCGCCGACUCCAGCGUGCGUCCCCAGCCCGGGGUUCCGCUCUCCGGUUGCAGCAGCCGGAGCACCCAGUGAGAGGUCGGCUCCGGGUGUCCGCUUGGGACCGCGCGGGAAGACUCCUCCUAACUCCCUUCCCAGCGUCGUCGGCAUGGAGCUGUCCAGCCCGUGCUCCACGUUCCUGUCGGACUUGGACUUCUGCCCGGAUUGCGGCUCAGUGCUGCCGCUGCCCGGGACUCAGGACGCAGUCGUCUGCCCUCGCUGCGGCUUCUCCAUCCCCGUGCGCGACUUCGAAGGGAAGGUGGUGAAGACAUCGGUGGUGCUCCGCACACUGGGGACAGCUCUGCCUGUGUCCGCGGACGAAGGCCCGGAGUCCCAGGGACCAGUGAUUGACAGGCGGUGCUCUCGAUGUGGUCAUGAAGGAAUGGCCUACCAUACCAGACAGAUGCGCUCAGCAGAUGAAGGACAGACUGUCUUCUAUACCUGUGUUAACUGCAAGUAUUUGAAAGGAAAUUUUAAAACAGGAAAUGGAUAUUGCUGUGACUUUGAAGACAUGUUCCUGCAUGAUUUCAAGAGCAUGGCUCUGAAUGGCUUGAAACAUGCUUUGUUCACAGGACAUCAGGACACCGACUGUUUCAAGAAAAGGAAGAUUCUUGAUCUUUCUCCUGGGCCACUCAACCACAGCUUCCUCUGUUGGAAAGUGAAGAUUGGUUCUUAGAUGCCCUCUCCACCUCCUCUGUUCUGAGAAUAAAAUGGCCCUUCCUUAGCUGUUUAUUAAAGUUAUAUUUUUUCUACAAAA